AUGACAAACACGUCUGACUGUGACUUCAAGACCUGGAAGUACUCGCAACACAUCGCACGACACAUACAUCUCAAACACAUCGGUAUUAAGGAAUUGAAAUGCGAUGAAACCAAUUGUCACAAGACUUUCAAACGACCCGAGAGUCUGGUUCAGCACCAGAAGAAUCAUUUGUGCGGUUUUGGUAUCGAUUCCCACAAAAUGAAAGAUCCAAACAAUGUCUGCGGCGUUAAGAAUAUCAAGAAAUACUAUUUCCGAGAACUCGAUAACGACUACUAUGUCUUCGGAUGCAAAUGGAGUGGAUGUGAGUUCGUCACCAACAACUCGGGAAGUAUCAGAAGACAUGUUCACAAUCAGCACUUAUGUCCGCAUUCAGUGGCCAACAGUGGUAGCGGUGCCGAAGACCAGGAUAUGGACUCUUUGGCAAACAGUGUUGAUCUAAACGAUAGUAUGAACGACAGCUUCGAUGGGGAGCAGCCUUUGGUUGAGAUCAUAGAAGUUGAUCCGUUGUCUGUGAUACCAAAGAUGGAUGAAAGUGAUGGAGGAUGUGAUGCGAGUGAUGACAAUCCUUAUUCUAAUUGCGGUAAAGCUAUUGAUAUUGAGGCCGAUAUGGAGGCGACCGCAAACAUGAAGUCAUCGACGGGUGGUUUGUAUUCACUGAAGAACUAUUCAGAUCUCUAUAGGAAAGUGAAAAUCGACGGCGAAGUGUACUUCAAAUGCAAUUGCAAUCAGUUUAGCACUAAAUCCCAAAUAAGUCUCGUCCGACACAUUUGGUCAGACAUCGGACGCAAUGAGUUUGACUGCAAUGUCGACGACUGUAACGCAAAGUUUGACAAUGAAAUGAGUCUUUAUAAACACAAGAAGAAUGACCACAACAUUGAUUCAAACCAAAAUGGUUUCCAUAAUAAUAGCGAUUCAAAUAAUAGCCAAACGAACGGAAACCGUGUUUCGAAGACUGAUGGCAAUGAAACCAAUGAAAAUACCGCUGGAAGUGGACUAACAGACAAUUUACUCGAUAAUCUCAACCAUUAUUUUAACAAAUCUUUGGUCAACAAUGAAGUGGUCUAUGACUGCAAAUGCGGACAUCUGUCCACUAAAUCGACUGUAAUUAUGAGACAACACAUACUUCUGGAGCACAAAGGAGUCGUUAACUAUGAUUGUAUUGAAUGCGGCGCUCAUUUCGAUAACGAGUCCUCGCUUUAUAGGCACCGAAAGUUUGACCACAAGUUGAACGGCAACGACAAUAUCAUAAACGAUUCCAACACUAAAUAUGCAAACAAUUCAUUAAAAAAUUGUCAACAAAAAGAGUCAAAUGAAUCGGAAAUUAUUCAACAUUUAAGCCGACAUUUAAUUGAAGAUCAGAUGGAGAUAAUGGCUAACACUUCUGAUUCGAAACCAAAAGUGAAUUCUAAUGACAACGAACCCAAACUUCCGACAAAUGCCUUUCAAGACACUCCGUUUGAGCUGAAAGUAAACAUUAAAACUGAAAUGGAUUCAAACCAAUCAAAUGGUUUGGUCGGCAAAGAUCUGUAUGAUUUGGAUCAGUAUAUCGAUCGGCAGGACGUGUGCGGCAAAGAGCGGCUGUUCUGCAAGUGGACGGACUGUCGCUUUGAUUCCAGUCAUAAAAGCAUUCUUACGAAACAUAUUCUGAACAAACACUUGAAUGCGGAACAAAUGAAUCCAUUGGAAGCCAUCGACAAAUACGAAGGAACCAAAUAUUGGGAAAAGAUUUUAUUUCCACACAAUAAUUGGUUCCAAAGAUCUAAUCCAAACGGCGAUCAGAAUCUUAAUUUACCGCCACUUUUAGAGCCGGUCCUCCCGUUUAGUAUAGAGUCGACACCCAAUUGGAAUCCAAUGUUCAAUAAUCAAUGGCUGGAACAGUUGUCGAUGGCUUCGUUGCAGUCGAUUCUUCCCCAGAAGAGAAACAUUGCUUUAGAAAAGAAUGGCGUGAAUGAAGGCUUGGAUGAAACAGAUGUCCAAAAGAAUCACUUGAAUAUCAGUAACAACGAGGAGAACAUAUUGUUGAGCUGUAAAGGAUUGGCGUCGAUGUCUAAAGUGAGGCAAUACUAUGAAAGUCAAGUCUUGAACGGAGAGAAGUAUUUCCUCUGCAAAUGGAAGAGAUGUGAGUUUAAGACAAAGAAGAGUCAAAAGAUCGCUCAACACAUAAACCUAUCACACAUUGGAGUGGAAUUCAAGUGCAAUAAACCUAAUUGUAAUAAAGUAUUCAAAAACCCGAAUACAUAUCGAGAGCAUCAGAAGAACCACAUCUGCGGGUUCGGGAUCUUUGGCUACGGAUCCAAAGGUGUGAUUGGCGUCUGUCGUAAUGAAAACCUUAACAGAUAUCGAGAGCGGGUUAUCAUUGACUCGAAGAAGUUUUAUCGCUGCAAAUGGGAUAACUGUAAUGCCAUCACUCGAUAUCAUAUGGCUAUGAAAAGGCAUUUACACGGUCACGUCUGUCCCUAUAGAGUGAAUCUGAAGCUAAAACAGAACCAACAGGUGAUCAGUGAUAUGAAGAGUGACAACUGGAACCUCGAUCUCGGGUUGGGUUCCAUAGCAUCGACUUCUGGAGCAAUGGUUUCCAGUAGUCCUGAACAGAGUUGUGACACAAACAGUGCAACUAAGAAGACAUAUCAGUGCCGACGUAUCAAAUAUCAUAUUCAGAGACAACACUUUGGACCACAACUUAAUGAAGAGUCGCAAAGAAUAGACGACUCUAUGACUGAAUCUCCAGAAACGGAAAGUUUUAAAGAAAAUACGAGCAAAAAGUCGAAAACAGUGGAAAUCCUCGUUAAUAAUGUAAACCCGUCUGAAGUAGUUGUGAGCGCAAGAAGUGCUCCGACUGUGAGUGCAGUGAGUUCUGGAAGGAAUGGACAACAAAAGUAUGCGAAACAUACGGUUGACGGACAGACCCGUCUGUUCUGCACUCACGACGGCUGCGAAUUCUUCACUAAGAUUAUGUCCGAAAUGGAAACUCAUGCGAACGAAGCGCACAAUCAGUUGUUUGUGUGCGAUAUCUCUAACUGCGAGAAGCAGUUCCGGACAACUAUAGCGUUGAGUCAACACAAACUCAAUCACAUCUGCGGUUUCAAUAUCAAGGGUCGCAGACCUACCGGUGUUUGCGAUUUAGACAAUAUUCGCCUCUACAGAGAAGGAGUGACUAUCGAUAACCGAAUGGUGUAUCCGUGCCGUUGGUGUCGUGAUGUGAUCUUUGAGAACAGAUCUGUGGCUUUGGCUCACAUUCACAACAAACACAUCUGUCCUAACCGUCUGUCUAUUAAUGGAUCGCAAAGCAGUACUUUUAGUCGAAAUGUGCAAAGAAUUGGUGAAACAAAGAAUAAAAACAUUUCCAGCCAUUUAUUUGUUUGUAAACACAAUGAAUGCAAAUACGAGACAAACGACGAAAACGAUGUCCAAAACCAUUGCAGAGGACACGACACCGAAGAUCACAAACACAUCAAAACUGAAACGAUGGAACCGUUGAGUGACGCCAAUGGAGACCAAACGCCCGAUAAGACACCGGCGAUGAAGAAGACCGGCAAAUAUGUCUGCGAAUGGAUUGGAUGUCAGAAACAGUUCUCGUAUUUAAAGUGCUUUGAAAGCCAUAAACGAAACGAACACUCGAUUCGUGACCAGAAUAUCACCAAAAUUCGCGAACAGAACCCGAAGAACGACAACGCGUGGGAACUGUAUGUCGAGUGUCGGCCAAUCAACGGCACCGACCGGUUGUUUUGCAAAUGGCCGGACUGUCAGUUCGGAUCCAACCUUCGAGUGGUUGUCAAACAACACAUUAUUAACAGUCAUUUGACACAAAAGCGGAUCAGAAGUCGACCCAAAAUACACAGCGAUUACGAAUAUUGGGACAAAAUUCAAUUCGACAAAAAAGGGGUCAGACUUUCCGAUGAAUCCAAAGACAACACUUCCAACAGCACUAAAACAUACAAGACUUUUAAGUCUUCGCCGCUUAAAUCAAAGUCGAAAGCUUUAACACCAACUAAACCGGUGGCAACUCUUAAACCAAAAUCAAGUCCUAAAUCUAUGCCUAUUCUCAAGAUUGCUUCCACUCCUAAAUCAAUCUCCAGACCGAAGACUGUGACAACUCCUAAGACUGGGAACACACUUAAAACUGUGGUCAAGCCUAAGAUUGUCUUCUCUCCUAAGGCUGUGUCCACUCCUGAGACUGUGGCGGCCCCUAAGACUGCGCCCACUAUUAUCACUGUCUCGAGUGGUAAGCCUGUGUCGAAUGCGAAGACUGUGUCCACACUUAAGGCCAUUUCAAUUCCCGAAUUGAAAUUUUACGGCAAAUCGGAGCCACAGAUCGAGAGCGAGAUUUUGGCCAAAAAGCACUUGAAUAUCGAUAAGAAUAAGAGAGACGUGUUAUUGAGUUGCAAAGGGUUGGCGAGUAUGACACGAGUCGCCCAGUAUUUCAAUAAGAAAGUGAUUGACGGCGAGAAGAUAUAUUGGUGUCAAUGGAAUGGCUGUCAGUUUAAGACCAAAAAGAGUCAGAAGAUCGCCGAACACAUCAACCUCUCGCACAUUGGAGUGGACUUCAAGUGCAAUAAACCUAAUUGUAAUAAAGUGUUCAAAAACCCGCACUCAUAUCGCGAGCACCAGAAGAACCACAUCUGCGGGUUCGGCAGCUUUGGCUACGGAUCCAAAGGCGUGAUCGGUGUCUGUCGUAACGAAAAUCUCUUCAAAUAUAGGGAACGGGUUAUCAUUAAAGGCAAGAAAUACUACAGAUGUAAGUGUUGUAACGCUAUCACCAAAUACUUCACUGGAAUGAAAAGGCAUAUUCAUUCUCAGCACAUCUGUCCGUUCAGAAUGAAUCUUCAUUUGACACGACAUCAGACACCGAUGGCUAUCAAACAAGAGAUUAUGGAACUGGACAUCGAUUUCGAUUUAUUCAAUAACCAGCGGUUCAUCUGUUGUCUCAAAUGCAACCAAUUCUUUGAUUCUAAAGAGGAAUUAAAAACCCACGAAAUGAUGUUCUGUCGGUUCAGAAGUGAAUCCAUUAACCAGAAUAUGACGACUGAAAUCCCAAAUGAGUUUAGUUUCGCUAAUGUUUGCGAAAGUAAUGGAGAUUUUAAGGAAAGCCCUCAAAAGAAUAGACUGAAACUAAGCGAACAAAUCAGACAAAAUGUGAACGCAAUCAAUGAGAGUAUUGCCAAAAAUCUGUCGUUUACUAAACGAUUCGUUGGACACGACGACAACACUCAGGAAUCGCUGGAAAACUAUAUUUAUCUCAAAGAAUUUGAAAACAGUGUGUAUUUUAUGUGUAAAUACGACGACGGAUGCGGUUUUGUGACCAAACUUAAGGAUAAAAUCAAUGAACAUAUUUUGGACAAACAUUUGCGACACGAGUCCGUGAAUUACGGCCAAUACCCGGACUUUGAUAACUCGGAGCCCAACUCUAUAUUCGAGCCGAAGAUUAAAGUGGAACCAAUCGAUUACGACGAGAACGAGCCGAUGCCGAGCCUCGAGUCACAGCCGUCCACUUCGGGUCUUCAGAAUUGCUCGCAAAACAACUUAAGUAUUGAGAAAUACAUAGAGAUUAAGUGCAUAGACGGCGAUCCCAACUAUUUCUGUGUCUAUAAUACACAGAAAUGCAAAUAUUAUACGAAAGAAUACAUUGACAUCAAGUCUCACAUCAAAGAGUCACACGUUCUGUACGAAUGCGAUGUCGAGGACUGUGGCAAACAAUUCAAGAAUCUAAUGGCUUUGAGCGCUCAUAAAGUCAAUCAUAUCUGCGGUUUUGGUAUUAAAGGCCGCAAAUCGAGUGGUGUUUGCGGUUUGGAAAACAUUAAGAAGUAUUGCGACGAGAAAUGCGUUAACAAUCGACAGAUGUUUGUCUGCAAAUGGAUUGACUGUCAGUUUGUGUCGAAAACGCGAAACAAUGUUCUCAGUCAUAGCCAUCACAAACACAUUUGUCCCAAUCGUAUGCUCGCAAACACUGACAUCAAGACUAACACUAUAACCAAUGGCCGCAAAACGAAGGCAUUUGUUAUGCGAACCAAUUCUCCUCUCUUGAGACAAUCGAUCGACGAAUCUGUCUAUGAGAGCAGUUCAUCGCAGGGAUCGGAUCGACACGACUUGGAAGUGUUGGGAACCUUUGGAACUCAAGAAAGUUUAGACAAUUUUGUCAAAUAUAGCGACGAAGUGAUGAUUGAAGACAAACUUGUCUUCGUAUGUCUUUAUCCCAAUUGUUCUGUCACUCCGAGGAAUCGCUCGUAUUCUCCAGAGAUAACCGAUAAAUACAACUCUUAUGUCACAGAUUUUAAACCAACCGAAAUCACAGCCAAUUCACAGCCAAUCAGAGCUCAGAGCCCAUCGAUGGCCACACAAUCAGCUGAUAAUACCUCACAGUUCUUCGAGUGUCUGACAAUCGGUGGCAAAGUUUGGUUCGUUUGCCGACACAAAGACUGUCAUCACUGCGAGAAGACUGAACUCAAAAUGUUUGGACACUUGACUCAACACAUGGACACAAGUCUUGGAUACCAAUCGCACGAAGACAUCGAAGACAUUGAGACCGAAAGUGACGGCAGAGUUAUGAUUGAUUUGUCCGAUGAGUCAAACAGAUCAGACAGUCUGACGGCCGACAGGAGUGGCGGACAGUCGACCGCCGGUCACAGCAGUGGUGUGAAGGAGGAGUCGGUGGACGAGGAGUGGCGGCAAUGGUUUAAAUUGUGUGACGGAAGCGGUGGUAAAGAGAGACUNGCGGACAGUCGACCGCCGGUCACAGCAGUGGUCGGUGGUAAAGAGAGACUGGUCUGCAUGUGGUCUGACUGUGGGUUUGAGACCAACUUAAGAAUCGCCGCCCGAAGACAUGUUAGCAAACACUUGUCCGGAGUAUCGGCGCCGAAGAAGACACCGACGACAACGUCAGCCGCUGUCAUCACCGAAGAGGUGUAUUGGGAUCAGAUUUUCCCCGAUUGUGACACAACGUCUUCCGACAAUAAUGUGGCACAAAGUGAGGCCACAAACACACGAUUGAGUGGAAGCGCUUCCAAAACCAAAUCUAAGACCAAAAGAAAAGGUAAACAAUUGAAGGGAAAGCGCGGAAAGCAAUUGAAUGCCACGAAAGGCGUGAAUCGGGAAAAGGAGACCAAAGUUGCGAAGAAUUUGUCGAUUGAGUCGCAAACAACUCCAAAGAUUGACAUAAGUGUGACCGAAGAGGGCGUCUUAAGUCUCAAAGGAAUGUGCAGUAUAUCUAAUCUGAAGGCCUAUAUUGAGCCGCAAGUGAUAAACGGCCAGAAAUGGUAUUUGUGUCGCCACAGCGCUAACUGUGAGUUCAAGAGCCGGCAAUCGAAGCAAAUCGCGCAACACAUCCAUUGCAGUCAUAUCGGACUGUCCCUCAAGUGUCCUCAAGUCGGGUGCGGGCGAGUGUUCCGAACGCCCAGUUCGUGGAGAGAGCACCAGAAGUAUCAUAUCUGCAAUUAUGACAAUAAAAAGGGAGCGAUAGGUGUUUGUCGUAAAGACAAUAUCGAUAAAUGGAGAGAAAUGGUGAUCAUUGAAGACCCCAUCAAAGGCAGCACAAAGGCUUACCGAUGCAAAUGGAAAGGCUGUGCAUUCACUACACUAACCAAUGAUUUACAGCGACACAUCCAUAACCAACACAUCUGUCCCUUCCGUACAACCGGUGAGUGGAAGAAGAAGUUUAGGGAAUCUCUCAACAAUAGUAGCCAACAAUUGGACGCGAGUAUUAUCGUUGACGGCCUCCAGAAGAAGAAUCUAUUGUUGUGUCGCAUAAAAGGAUGUGUCGCUAAGUUUGCCGACAAAUCGGACCGCAAUAAACACGAGAAGUUGUGUCCAUUGAGACCAAAGACUGUUAAGACUCAAACCAUUACCUCAACCAACAAAACCAAAACUCUGUUGAAAGCGAGAGUUCGCGACACUAAAGAAGUUAAGAGCGAAACCAGUGGACGAUUGGAUGGCAUUUCUGGCAAUUCAAACAAAAGCAACAAAUUUACAAAUGAAUUGUUUUGCGGUAGAGAUGGCUGUAAAUCCAAGUUUAAUCGUACAAUUGAUCUCAAGAAACACCAGAUAUGGUGUCAAUUCAGACCAAAGGCAACCAAUACUCAGUCAUCAAAAAAGUUGCGAAACAGACAAACAUUGGACUCAAAAGCCAAUAAAACUGAUGACAACAUCCAGAAGAAUAUGAAUGACUCAAAAAUAUCCCUUAAAACAAAAAGCAUAGAAAAAGUGAAAGAAGAAACGGUCUCUAAAGCCAAAGAUAAUAAGAAAAUGGUUGAAAAUACAGACAAUCCGACUGUUAUUGAAAAUGCUGUCACUUCUCAUGCUUUGGAUUCGAUUUGUGAGAAAUAUAUGCAAAUCAAACUCUUUGAGGGUGCCAAAUAUCUGAUUUGUAAUCAUAUGGACUGCAAGUUUGUCACCAAAAUUGGUUCCAAAUUUAAUGAUCACGUAAUGGCAGUCCAUUUGGCAAACCGUCCGAUAGUUUCCGAUUUGAAACGGACUCCAAAACAAGAAUUAGUUGACGACUCGAAGAAAGGACUGAAAAGAAACUCAAAAGAAGUGAAAGAAAGCACUUCUAAAUGCAAAGCUAACGAAGAAAUUAAUGAUAAGAAAGACAAACAAAGUUCUCCAUUAGAUAAGGAAUAUUUGAUUUGCAAUUUCAAGAAUUGCAAAUUUUGCACCAAAAGUGUCGCUCAAUUCAAUGCUCACAUUAAACUUCAUUCGAGAGACGUUUCCAUAAAUACUAAAUUGUCUCUAAAAGGUCCAGCAGUUGGUCGGAAGAGAGGCCGACCUUCGACUAAAAGUAAUGCCGAAACAGUGGACACCAAACCGAAGAUAUUGAAGACUACUGACAAGAGAGACAAACCAAACACUGAUUGCCGUAAAGAACUCAAACCAAAGACAGAGCCCACCAAUGAGUGGGAGAUUUAUGUGGAGAAGAAGUGCAUCGAUUCGGAGCCAAACUUUUUCUGCAAAUAUGACGUGAAUUUGUGUCGAUUUUACGCGAAACAUGUGUCGGAAGUGUACGAACACAUCCGAGACAAACACACAUUCAAAUGCAAUCUCCAAAACUGUGACAAACAAUUCAAGAAUCAGAAUCUCUUAGAUAUUCAUAAACGUAACCAUAUCUGCGGUUUUGGCAUCAAAGGCAUGAAACCGAUGGGUGUCUGCGCUGUGGAUAAUGUGCGCCAAUAUAGGGCUGAAAAACGCGAACACAAUCGGUGUUUAUAUUCAUGUCUUUGGCUGAACUGUUGUUACGAAACCGAUAACAGGAAUACUUGUCUCAUGCAUAUCCAUAACAGACAUAUUUGUGUCAAUAAAUCCAUUAAUAACUGA